GAAGGGGUGUUACUGCCGGCGGAAGUGGUGGAUGUGUGUGCCUGCUUGUCUGGUCUGAACCACUAGCCAGCCAAACUUUCGCUUUUCCCCUGGUAAACUUAGUGAUUAUGGCGACGUUUUUCGGUGAAGUUUUGUCGGUGUAUUCUCGGGCCGUGGAUGAAGAUGAAGAGGAGCUCGAUGAAAAUGAAGAAGAUGAAGAAAUCCGCAGAGAGCUGGAGGAAAAGAGGGAGGUUAAUCUGCACUGGAGCCCUGAAGUCUCGGAGUCGCUGAAGUCCGGAAACAAGUUGCAAUGUUCAGACUUCAUCCUCGCUGUGGGACACAAUGCUGCCAGGUUUCUGUCAGUGUACGUUCUCACCUCUGAAAACUGGGACGCAGUGGGACAUGCAUCAGUGUGGAACGAGAGGAGCCGGGCAGCAACUGGGAUAACCAGCGAGGAGGAGACGGCUUGUGUUUUCUACAGAAAAAAGGACAACCCAUCAGUUUUGAUAUGUCAAGUGACCUGCUACAUUGCGGAAGACCAGCUUUUUCAGUGGACGGAAAAGGUUUUCGACUGUCUGCAGCACAGAGAGCUGAAUGUGACUGUGCUGUCAGACAGCUCUGUGGCUGAGUACAAGACAGCAGACUAUCUGUGCUAUAGCUCUGCUCCCUUCCUGCGCUCUCUCCACACCGGUGCUUUCAGUGGUCAGCCUGUCUGCCAGUCACUGGAGCAACCCAACAUAGUUACUGGACUUCCAGCUGCAGUGCUGAACCAUUGCGAGGUCCACCGCAUCGCCACUGUUGUUUACCAGUGUUACAGUGAUGUCACUGGCCCUGACUCUGUCACCAUGGAGACCUACAAGCCUGCACUAACCAAGCUCAGCAAGUCAAUACAGUUGGACCCGGCUCCGAGCACAGACGUCCUCCGCAAGUUUGUCAGAACCACCAACAUUCAGAGUAAUCUUUACAUCUGACGAUGUCCAUGCUGCACACAUUUAAUUCUAUUGUCCUUUGGUAAAAAAAACUGUCAUUUUUUUAAAUAAAGAAAUUAAGUAAAGAAA